GGUCUCUGAGCUCAGGGGCAUUGCCUGAGGCUAGGAAAGAAGGGCCUCAUCCUCUCCAGCCUGGGCAGCUGCUUCCCUCCCUCACCUCUCCACUCCCAGGGGUGUCUCCUGUUCCCUGUUCCCUUUUCCUGGGCAAGCCAGGAGCAGGUGUGGAAAUUCCAGGGGGAGGUGGCUUGUGGGGCAGAGGAGGAGAGGGAGGAGGUGGUUCAGCCUGCUCCCAGUCACCAGCAACAGAGCAGGCUUCAGCUCGCAAGGGCAAGCCAUCCUGUCCGGGUGCGGGGGCACUGGGCGGAUACAGUCUCUGGGCCGGGUCCCCCUCCUUGAGCCCUACCUGCCACGGCACCUUUCCACUUGGGCACAGGCACCGUGAUAGAUUCCGGUGCCAGUUAGAACGUGUCCGUGCUCAGCUAGUGGAGGUGAAGGAACAGGCAGGCACCAAGGAGCCUUUUCAGCAUUCAGCCCCGACAUCUCAGGCCCCUGGCAUCUGCCUCCAUAGGGCUGUGCCCCUGUGUAUGAUUGGCAAGUUGGCACUCCCUGUAGGGGAGGCAUAGGUAGAAUAAAAAUGUCUCUCUCCUCCCCGUUGGUUCCAUCAGGCAGAGGAGUACAAGUUAUAGCCCAACUCCUGCCCAAGGUUGAGUGGCUGUUUAACUGACCCCUAGCAUCUUCCUGGAGAGCACCCCUCCCAUCCCCGGGGAGAAUUACUAGACCUUUAAUUUCCAUCAGCCCAGAGCUGCUCUCUCCAAUGCAUCCCCACCGCUGCCUGCAGCUGGUUUCCUGCCACAGCUGCCAAGCCCAGCCUGAGGCAGGACCCUCAGCCUUUCUCUGAUGGCCGUGGUGCCCCGGGGGACCAGGCGUGCCCUGGCAGGAGCAUGCAGCCAGGCCAGAGCUCAGCGCUGGGUGCAGCCACUGCGUCUUUGAAAAUCUCGCUUCCCAUCUUUGUUAUUGUCUGGGCGGCAGGCCACCCGGUUUGCUGCUUUCCUCCCUCCGCCCGGCCCCUGCCUCCGGCUUUCUCCCCCAGGAAUAUGCCUUUCUCUGCGCUUUCCUUGGCGGGGGUCAGGACCCUCUGCACCCGCAUGAGGGGGCUUGUGUCCCAUCUGAUGCCCAGGCUGAAGGAGUCUCGCUCCCACGAGUCCCUGCUCAGCCCCAGCAGCGCGGUAGAAGCGCUGGACCUCAGCAUGGAGGAGGAGGUGGUCAUCAAGCCCGUGCACAGCAGCAUCUUGGGCCAGGACUACUGCUUCGAGGUGACGACGUCGUCAGGAAGCAAGUGCUUCUCCUGCCGAUCGGCAGCCGAGCGGGAUAAGUGGAUGGAGAACCUCCGGCGAGCCGUACACCCCAACAAGGACAACAGCCGGCGUGUGGAGCACAUCCUGAAGCUGUGGGUGAUCGAGGCCAAGGACCUGCCGGCCAAGAAGAAGUACCUGUGUGAGCUGUGCCUGGACGACGUGCUGUAUGCCCGCACCACGGGCAAGCUCAAGACCGACAAUGUCUUCUGGGGGGAGCACUUUGAGUUCCACAACCUGCCGCCCCUGCGCACCGUCACCGUCCACCUGUACCGGGAGACGGACAAGAAGAAGAAGAAGGAGCGCAACAGUUACCUGGGCCUGGUGAGCCUGCCGGCUGCUUCCGUGGCCGGGCGGCAGUUCGUGGAGAAGUGGUACCCAGUGGUGACACCCAACCCCAAGGGCGGCAAGGGCCCUGGGCCCAUGAUCCGCAUCAAGGCGCGCUACCAGACCAUCACCAUCCUGCCCAUGGAGAUGUACAAGGAGUUUGCCGAGCACAUCACCAACCACUACCUGGGGCUCUGUGCGGCCCUCGAGCCCAUCCUCAGCGCCAAGACCAAGGAAGAGAUGGCAUCGGCCCUGGUGCACAUUCUGCAGAGCACGGGCAAAGUGAAGGACUUCCUGACUGACCUGAUGAUGUCAGAGGUGGACCGCUGCGGGGACAACGAGCACCUUAUCUUCCGGGAGAACACGCUGGCCACUAAGGCCAUCGAGGAAUACCUCAAGCUGGUGGGCCAGAAGUACCUGCAGGAUGCGCUAGGUGAGUUCAUCAAAGCGCUAUAUGAGUCGGAUGAGAACUGCGAAGUAGACCCAAGCAAGUGCUCGGCCGCCGACCUCCCUGAGCACCAGGGCAACCUCAAGAUGUGUUGCGAGCUAGCCUUCUGCAAGAUCAUCAACUCCUACUGGUCAGUGCCACCUGGGCCCCUGCCCCGCAUCUUGCCUGUCUUGUGUCAGGGUGCCCGCAGGGUGCUGGGCAAGGCCCUUCGGCUCCGUUCUCCCUGACUUUGAAACGACAGAGCAGAGGUUUAACGAGGGCGCCAGUGGCCGAGCUGCAGCCUCACGUAGCUUCCAAGUGGUGGCUCUGGGAUUGGAAUCCCGCCCGCCCCGC